AUGGCUCCCCGUAGAAAACGCCAGCGCCUCUCUCUAGAUGGCGCAGAAGCCGUCACCGCCACUGCCGACGCUGAACCGUCCUCCAAUGCCGCCAAAGUGACGCCCAAGGAAGUCGCGCGCAGACAACUCUUCGUUCGCGGACUUGCGCCCAAUGUCACCAGCGAAGACCUGACUGAAUACUUUUCAGAGUCAUAUCCAAUUAAAAACGCCCUCGUCGUCCUGGACAAGGAGACUAGGGAAUCGAAAAGCUACGGCUUCGUCACAUUCGCCGAUGUAGAGGAUGCACAGAGGGCGAAGGAGGAGCUGAACAACACCGAGAUCAAGGGCAAGAAGAUCAAGGUCGACUUUGCCGAGGCAAGACAACGCGAAGGCGAAGAGAAGCGACCCAGGGCUGGUGAUCGGGCCAAGGCAGAGCGCGAGCAGCAAAUCAAGGAAGCGCAAACACCAAAACUCAUCAUUCGAAAUCUGCCGUGGACAAUCAAGACGCAAGAGGACUUGCAGAAGCUUUUCAGAAGCUACGGAAAAGUCAACUUUGUCAAUCUGCCCAAGAAACCCAACGGCGAACUGCGGGGGUUCGGAUUCGUGUCGUUGCGAGGAAAGAAGAACGCAGAGCGGGCGAUACAAGAGCUCAACGGCAAGGAAAUCGAUGAAAGGCCCAUUGCUGUUGACUGGGCUGUAGACCGGGAUACGUGGCAGAGUCUACAAAAGACUGAGCAGGAGGGGGAUGACGAAGCUAAAGCAGGAGCCGAGGAUGAGGAUAAAGACAUGGACGACGCUGAAAGCUCUGUGGUCAGUUCCGAUGACGACUCUGAAGCCGACGGGAGCGACGAAGAUGAAGAGGACGACGACGACAAUGAGGACGACAGCAAUACCGAUUACGAGGACAUAUCGGAAGAUGACGAGGAAGGUGGCAUUCAGCUGGAUGAUAACCGACCGAAACGCGAGGAAUACACACUUUUUGUACGCAAUGUACCUUUCACAGUAGACGACGAGCGUCUCAAGGAGCACUUUCAGCAGUUUGGUGGCAUACGCUUUGCGCGCGUCGUUGUAGACCGCGAAACCGAACGACCAAAGGGCACCGGCUUCGUAUCCUUCUUCACGGAGGAGGAUAUGAUCAACUGCCUAAAGGGCGUCCCACGAGUCAAGUUACAAAAGAAGAACCUUGACAAGAAGGACGGCUCCACCAUCACCGUUACACACUCUGUACUCGAAGACGAAGAUGCCGACCCAACAGGCAAGUACACCAUCGAUGGCCGCAUUCUACAGAUAAGCCGUGCUGUCGACAAGAACGAAGCUACUCGUCUCACUGCAGAAGGCGCGGCAUCCCGCUUCAACCGCGACAAAGACAAGCGUCGCCUCUACUUGCUCUCAGAAGGAACCAUUAGUUCGAAUUCUCCCUUAUACCAAAAGCUAUCACCCUCUGAGAUCAAGAUGCGCGAAGAGAGCGCAACCAUGCGACGCAAACAGAUCCAAGAGAAUCCUUCGCUUCAUUUGUCUCUAACCCGUCUCUCAGUCCGCAAUAUACCCCGCAGCAUCACUUCCAAGGACCUCAAGCAGCUUGCUCGUAGCGCCGUCGUCGGUUUCGCUGCCGAUGUCAAAGAGGGUAAACGCCAGAAACUCAACAAGGAAGAAGUCAUCCGCGGCGGUCAAGAAAUGCUCGUCGCCGAGAAGAUGCGCAAGAAGAAGGGCAAAGGUAUCGUGAAGCAAGCCAAAGUUGUCUACGAAACACCAGCUGGUAGCAAGGUCUCUGAGGACACCGGCGCGGGAAGGAGUAGAGGCUACGGAUUCAUCGAGUACUACACACACCGCAACGCCCUCAUGGGUCUGCGCUGGCUCAACGGCCAUGCCGUAGACUACAAGAUCAAAAACGACCCUUCCAUCAAGAACAACAAAAAGAAGGCCCAGGAAGCCCUCGAAGACAAGCGAAAACGCCUUAUCGUUGAGUUUGCCAUUGAAAAUGCAAAUGUGGUAAACCGACGCUCGGACCGCGAGGAAAAAGCUCGCGAGCCACCAAAGCCGAAGGGCGAGGCUGACAACGUCGACGAUGUCGAGCAGGGUGCGACGAAGGGUCGGAAGCGUAAGCGAGAUUCAAGUGCGGUAGGAAAAACGGGCAGAGGCAAACCUGAUGCGAAGGGUAAGCAGCAAGGUUCGGGUGCGGAUGCUGGCGCGGAUUCCGCUGCAGGUAAGACCAAAGAUGGAAAGCUUGCACAGAGAACUAGGAUUAUCGCGAAGAAGAGGCAGGCGCGGAAGGCAAAGAGAGCUGGGAAGUAA